AUGGCUCAAAAUGAUACGGGUGGAUUGAAAGAGGUUAUCAAAACACGAAUGCAAAGCUCUCAAGGAUUUUUGAUUUAUCGGCAAUUAAGAGAAGAUGCAAUAAAAGGGGCAAAAAAACCCUUAAUUGAAGCAGCAAUACCCGGUCCUAGCAGCAGCAAAAGUGCAGGUUCUUUUGUUCGUUUUUCUGUCGCAAAGCGUUUAAUUCGUGCUCACUGGCCUCCACUUUCAUUAUUGGCAAUUCGUUCUGUUUGGAAGGAAGGCGGUACUGCUGCACUUUUUAAAGGCCUAUUACCUAAUCUUAUUGGUGUUACCCCUUCGAAAGCUAUUUAUUUUUGUUUUUAUUCUCUUACAAAGCGCAUCUCUAAUAAUUAUUGCAGCAGAGAUGAAACUGAUGACGAGAUAGACAGAAGGUGGCUUGUUCCAAAUUCGGCUUUUAUCCAUAUGUUCUCUGCCGGCAUAGGGGGUCUAAUAGCAGCUACAUUAAUAAAUCCAAUUUGGGUAGUUAAAACUCGUCUUCAAUUACAUCAUGGACGUUUAGGUGCUAAAGAAUGUUUCUUGCGAAUUAUUAAACGUGACGGAGUUUUAGGGUUAUGGAGGGGUGUGACAGGAUCUUAUUUGGGAAUAUUUGAAACAGUUAUACAAUUUGUUAUUUACGAAAAUUUGAGAAGUAAAAUAAGUGAUCCGGAUCAGAAAUUUCUUGGUUCAUAUGCAGACAAACAACACCAAGCUUUUUUACAAUUUAUGUUGGCUGGUGGUAUAGCAAAAACAUUUGCUGUUAUUAUAGCUUAUCCACAUGAAGUUAUUAGGACGCGUUUAAGAGAAGAAGGAAAUCAAUUAAGGCUACGACAGUUGGUUAGAACUCUCUGGCGUGAAGGAUACAUUAAACCUUUUUAUCGUGGUCUUAGUGUACAGUUAUUGCGGUCAGCUCCAAAUACAGCAAUAACAAUGUUUACCUAUGAGUUAGUUGUUCACCUACUUCAUCGUUUAUUAGGAGAACUUCCAAAAGAUUAG